GCCCGGAGGUGAGUUAGUGAGUAAAUUGUGCCGGAUGACGAUGGCGUGACAAGAGGGCGAGAGAGGGUCCUGUCAUAUAUCAAUAAUGGGAAGAAAUGGGCUCCAUAUCUGAAAAAAAACAUAAGGAUAUAUCCUUUUUGCGAUAAAUAUAUAUCGUUCAAUAAGAAUCAACGCAGCUGUUUAUAUCCUCGUGAUGUUUCAACGCGCGGUAGAGGCCUAAGGUAUCAACCCCCCCCCAGGGGAUGGAGUAACCCCCCCCCCCUCUUCUCCCCCCCUGAGCCUAUAGCGAAGAUAAGAUUUUUUUUUCUUCUCUUUCCUUUCUCUCUCCCUUUUUGUUCCUCAUUUCCCUCCUCCUCUAAUCCGCUUUUUCAAUCCUUGGUCUUCCUCUUCUUCCUUUUUAUCUAUUCUCAUUUGUGUAUCAACCUUAUUACACUUAUUAUUAUUAUCUCUGUUCGUAUUAUUAUUGUUUUACUAAUUAAUCUUCUCCUGAUCUCUCUCUCUCUCUCUCUCUCUCUCUCUCUCUCUCUCUCUCUCUCUCUCUCUCUCUCUCUCUCUCUCUCUCUCUCUCUUCAAUUAUUUUUGUUCACUCCUUGCAUUCCCGUUUAUUUCUUUUUGUCCUCUACUUUCCUCUAUCUGCCCUUUCUUUGUCUUCAUCUUCUUCACUUCCUUUCUUCUUCUCCUCCGUCCUCCUCCUCCUCCUCCUCCUCCUCCCCCUCCUCCUUUUCCUCCUCCUCCUCCUCCUCCUCUUCUUCCUCCUACCCUACCCUCUUUCCCUCUCUCUCCCCUCCUUCUUUUUCAUUCCCUCCCUCCCUCUGCCUCCUCUUCCCUCUCCCCUCCCCCCACUCCCCAUGGCGCGCUGUUCCGUCUCCGCUCUCUGCUUCCUCCUCGUCUCCCUCUCCGUCACCUUCGUCGUCCUCAACCUCGGCUACGAAAGGGCGGUUCGGUUCGAGCCCCAGGGAGCCCGAGACGGCCAGGCCUUCGGGAGGCGCCUCAGCAUGGCCAAGCACUCCUCGAAGGCGGCCAAGUGGGCCAGCGAAAUGGAGGAGCUGUCCCUCCCGCCCGUCAACCUCUCUUGCGUCGAGGAGACCCUGAGGGCGAGGAGGCUGGAGGUUGAGGACCGAUGCCGGAGGACCCUGUCGGAGGAGGACCUCGCCCGCCCCCCCAACAGCAAGGAGUUCCUCAUCAGCGGCCGCUUCAACCUCGUGUGGUGCAACGUGUUCAAGGCCGCCUCUUCCACGUGGCUCUACAAUUUCCUCCUGAUGGCGGGCUUCACCGAGAAGGACCUGCGGAAGUCGAGCUCCUCCCCGGUCGAACUGGCCCGGCGGGAGGCCUACGCCCGGCCCUCGAACGACGAACUCUGGGCGGCGAUGGAGACCCCCGGCGCAACGUCCUUCCUGAUCGUCCGCGACCCCUUUGAGCGCCUCCUCUCCGCCUACAGGGACAAGAUCGAGUCCACGAAGCAGAAGUACUACAGAGCCCUCCGGUGCCAGAUCCAGCAGAAGGCGACGCCGGCCAAGACGACCCGUGACUGCCAGCCGAGCUUCCCCGAGUUCGUGGAUUACCUGCUGGCGGAGCGGGCGAAGGGCAGCGCCCCCAACGAGCACUGGGCGCCCUACUACUCCUUCUGCUCGCCGUGCCAGCUGCCCUUCGACUACGUCCUGCGGUUCGAGAGUCUGCCGGAGGAGGAGGCUUUCCUGGUGGCAAAGGUCCCUGGUCUCUCCGCGGUGGUCAAGCCUCACAAAGUGCAUUCCUCCCACACCGACUACAGCGCCGUCACGAGGCAGUAUUUCUCGCAACUCUCGGCCUUGAAACUCGCUCGUCUUUACGAUAUUUAUAGAAAUGAUUUUAUAAUAUUUGGCUACAAUGCGACGCGGUAUUGGGAAUAUGUUGGUGCAGUUUUCUAAGAAGCUGUUUGUUUGGUGUGAGGUGUUGUUAUUAGCCUUUUUUUUUUUAAGGGUUGUGUGUAUGGUAUAUACACGCGCAUACACACUCAGACACUCAGAUACUCACACACACACACACACACACACAUACAUAUAUAUAUUUAUACAUCAUAUAUAAUGUCUGUGUAACCGACUAGUGUUGACUAGUAUAAUAAAAAAAUAAUAAUACCAGGAAAAGUAAAUAUAUAUAUGCAAAUAUAUAGAUACACAAACAUACACAUACAGACUAGCACAAAAGCACAUAUCUAUGUUUGUGGAGGCAUGUGUGUGCGUGCAAGGAAAUAACCCUAUUGUCACAAUGAUGCAUGUUAGGCUAUUUUUACUACUAUUGUCAAAGUCUUAAUUAUUUUUAUAGAAUCGAGUUGAUAAUAAAUCAUUGCAUAUAGAUUAUUUGCAUAUGUAGUAUAUAUACGUAAUACGUAACAUGCUUACACACACACACACACACACACA